AUGGAUCGCUCAACAAAAGCGGCUGAGGAACAAUUAGUUAAUGGUGCUGAUUCGCUGGUGUCUCCCUUGUCUAGGAUACGUCUUACGAAAGCUCCGUCAGCUAUGGCUGGAGCGAGAGAUGACAAUUCAAACUCUGAGAAGGUAAAAUGGAGUUCUGAAACUGUCAAGGAAGGAGAUGAAAAGCUGAGUGGAGAGCAAAGUGAACUGAAUCAUAGUCCAACGAAGGACGGUUUUAAUGUUGAUAGAGAUAUAAGCCAACCUCGUGAAUUAGGAGAGACAAUUGAUAUAGAUGAUACAGACAUAAAAAAGGCAGGAAAUUUAACAUCAAUCCUUCUAGAUACUAGAAAAGUACUAAGAGCCGACUGUAAUGUUGUAGAACCGAUGAAAAACAAUAAUGGAGAAGGGAUUUGGAAAGACAAAGACGUAUUGGCCAGCAAGUUUAGUCCAUCAAGGAGUACGCUAACUAGGGCUGAAAGGAUCAAAUCAAUGAUUGCACUAAAAUAUCUUUAUAUUCAGAGAAUUUACGACUGGAAUGAACAAAACAAGUACUCCAAUGAGCAUCCCGGCGUUGAUGGCGUCUACAAUCCAUUGCAAAUAAUCCGAAAUAGAAAAAUAAGAAAGAAAUACCAUGAGUAUCCGAAGCCAUUGUCAAUCAGCACCAUACCUUUGGCUUCUAACGUCUUCAGUUCUCAUAACGGCAAGAAUAAUAAGAAACCAUGGAAAUGCAUAUGGGCAAUUGAAUUGAAUGAACUUUUGAGCGACCUGAGUUGGAGAUCAUUCCACUGGCAUGAGCUAAAGAAUGCCAAAGGUAACUUGUGGUUUCCAUCUUCAUCAGGCUCCUCAGAUAUUGCUUCCAAGUCAAAGUCGAAGGAAAGAUUACAUAAGUUGCAUGAUAAACUUUUCAGCGAGGAAGAUAUUACAUCCCGUAGAUUGAGCAGCAAUCAUCUGUCUACGACCAGUACUGACGAAGAGUACAAGGCUCAAAGUUCUAAAAGAAGUAAAGCAUCUGACAAGAAGAAUAAAUCACGAUCAUCCAAGAAGUCUCAUAGCGAUUUUUCUUCUCCUAGCCAAGACGAAUCCGACGAUACUAAAGAAGGUAAGCAAUCCUCGAAGGAGAGGACUUUCAAAGGAGAUAUCCCGCUGGCUCUUGAAGAAUUGAAUACCUCAACUGAGGGAAAUCUGACUGAGAAUAACGAACCAGAAGCACCACCAUUAAUUAAGAUUGAUGAUGCCUCAGAGAGAGACAUAAAUAGCGUUUCCAUACGUCCACUUGAAAAAAGACCUGGAGAAGAGGUCGCUUCGAAAGAGAAAGAAAUAUUAAAGCCACAUGUAUCUGUGGAUCCUAAUGACGAUGAAGUUGUACAGUUGGAGAGGGAAUUGACAUUUCUUGCAAAAAUCUUAGACUUGAAGAUAAGCUAUAUGGUUACACUGUAUCCACAGCUAAUGGAAUCUACAAAUCUGAAAAUUAAUAACAUUAUUGAGAAAAAGAUAAAUCAAAUCAUGAAACAAUCAGCUUUCAUUAACGAUGAGUGUUUACCUGCGUACGAAGAACUUUACUCCACUUUAUUAGAUGAAGUUAAAUCUAUUCUUCAUUUGGCAAAUGACAAUUAUGCUGUUAAAAUAGACAGUUUGUUGAGCAAAAGUGAUAGAUCAAUUGGAGAGAUAAAUACGUCAUUGUCAUUGGACCUUAGAAAAUUCAGUGAAAGGCUUGACAAGUUAAAUUCUUCGUUAUUUAGAAAUAUAGUGUCAGACACUUUGAGGGAUAAUGAUUUAACUAUGAAAUUGAACGAAGGUGAUAAACAUGCAAUCCUAUAUUAUAUCUUAGAAAAUUUAAUAGUGGUGAUGUUGAGAAUAGUCUGGAUAGUCGUUACAUUUUAUAAGAUAAUCUUAUAUAUUUUGAUGGUGUUUUGGAGAAUUAUCAAACUUAUAUUUUCUACUUAA